AUGGGAAGGGACAAUGACAGUGACCAACAGCCUUUUAUCCUGUUGGGUUUCUCAGACCGACCUCAACUGGAGAAAAUCCUCUUUGCCUUUGUCUUGGUCUUCUAUGUCCUGACCCUGGUGGGCAACAUGGCCAUCAUUGUCCUGUCCAUUGCAGACUCCAGACUGCACACACCCAUGUACUUUUUUCUUGGGAACCUGUCCUUUUUGGACCUGUGCUUCACAACAAGCAUUGUCCCCCAGUUGCUGAGGAACCUGUGGGGCCCAGAUAAGACCAUCAGCUAUCAUGGCUGUGUGGCCCAGCUCUAUAUCUACAUGGUACUGGGCUCCACUGAGUGUGUCCUCCUGGCUGUCAUGUCUUAUGACCGUUAUGUGGCUGUCUGCCGGCCCCUGCACUAUACUGUGGUCAUGCACCCACGUCUCUGCCUGCAGCUGGUGACUGUGGCCUGGUUUGGUGGCUUUCUGAAUGCCUUUGUCAUGUGUCCUCAGACAAUGCAGCUAUCCCGGUGUGGACACCACAAGGUGGACCACUUUCUCUGUGAGAUGCCAGCUCUCAUUGCCAUGUCCUGUGAAGACACCAUGUUGGUGGAAGCAUUUGCCUUUGUGCUGGGUGUUGUCCUUCUCCUGGUACCUCUGUCUCUGAUCCUUCUCUCCUAUGGCAUGAUAGCAGCUGCUGUGCUGAAGAUCAAGUCAGCAGCUGGGCGCAAGAAGGCUUUCAACACCUGCUCUUCCCACCUCACUGUGGUGUCACUCUUCUAUGGCACCAUCAUCUACAUGUACCUACAGCCAGCCAACAGCUACUCCCAGGACCAGGGCAAAUUCCUGACCCUCUUUUACACCAUUGUCACUCCCAGUGUCAAUCCCCUCAUCUAUACUCUGAGGAACAAAGACGUGAAAGGGGCGAUGAAGAAGCUACUUGGGUGGGAGAUUGUGUCUAAAGAUUCCAGGGGUGGGAUCUAUGAGGACCAAGUAUAUGAGACAUAA